UUGCUCUCCGCGAACAGACGGAGGCUCAGUCAGGCUUCAUUCGAUCACAAGACUGUCGGUCCAUUUAUUCUCUCUCAGAUUGCUCUUUCAGUGGGCGUGGUUUUGUUUCUUAUCAUCUCUUCAAGCUCGUCGCUGUCGUUCCUAGAAGGCGAAAGAUGCAGGCAAGUGAUAGGUUUAACAUUAAUUCCCAGCUUGAACACCUCCAAGCUAAAUAUGUGGGAACUGGGCAUGCGGAUUUGAAUAGAUUUGAGUGGGCAGUGAAUAUUCAACGUGAUAGCUAUGCCUCAUACAUUGGACAUUACCCUCUUCUAGCAUACUUUGCCAUCGCAGAAAACGAAUCAAUCGGGAGAGAGCGCUACAACUUCAUGCAGGUUGACACAUGGCUACGUUGCAACUCUUAUGCUUCGAUUCUGCAUUCAGUCGAGGUACUACAUUAUUUUGUUUUCCAAUAAGUAUUAUUAAUAGAG